CCCUCCGGGGGCAGCCGCAGGGGCAACCGAGGGCAGGACGGGCAGCCCGGACUCAACGCGACCCGGCGGGCCCAUCGGAGAGGGCAAGGCCGUGGCCACCUCCUCGGUGGCAGCAGCAGCGGCUGCGGCUGCAGCUGGCAGAGUCUCGCAUUCGCCGGCCCAUGAACGCCUUCAUGGUGUGGGCCAAGGACGAGCGCAAGCGCCUGGCCCUCCAGAACCCCGACCUGCACAACGCCGUGCUCAGCAAGAUGCUGGGCCAGUCGUGGAAGGCCCUGAGCACGUUGGACAAGCGUCCCUUCGUGGAGGAGGCCGAGCGUCUCCGUCUGCAGCACAUGCAGGACCACCCCAACUACAAGUACCGGCCGCGCCGCAAGAAGCAGGCCAAGAAGAUGAAGCGCGUGGAGCCCAACCUGCUGCUCCACGGCCUGGGUCAGGGCAUGGGAGGGGGGCCGGUGGGGGGAGACGGCGGCUACCCCCACCCCCACCACCACCACCACCACCACCACCUGCUGGGCUUCCGGGAGUCGGCCUCAGAGCUGGAGAGCUACGGGCUGCCCACGCCCGAGAUGUCGCCGCUGGACGUUCUGGAGGAAGGCGGCGGCGACGUGAGCGUCUUUUUCCCGCCACACAUGCAGGAGGAUGGAGCGCUGGCGCCAUGGGUCAACUACCACCACCAGCACCAACACCCCCACCCGCACCACACCCAGGGGCAGCACGGCCCACACCACGCCGGCAACAACCACCACCACCACAACCACAAUCCCCACGGCAUGAGCCACGUGCAUCCCCACCCACACCAACACUCCCACCCCCACCUCGGCCAGAAGUCUCCCCUGGCCUGCCGCCCAGUCCAGGAGAAGUGCCUGCCUCCAGAGCCCACGAACGCUCACUCCCUCCCCCACAAUCACCCCCACUACCCGCAGGCCUCCUUGUCCGAGCCUGCCAAAGCCCCCCUAGGCGCCUCGUCCACGGCUGGAUACUACAGUCAGCUGUAUGGCAACACACCCCAGACCGCCUUCCCCUCACACCUGGGCCAGCUCUCCCCACCUCCCGAGACCCCUACAGCGGCCUCAGCUCCGCCUGCUCCUCCUCAAGCCGGCCUGGACUCUGUGGACCAGCUGGGUCCCUCCUCGGAGUUCUGGAGCGAGGUGGACCGCCACGAGUUUGACCAGUACCUGAGUGCCAGCCGGACUCGUCUGGAGGCGGGGUACGGAGUGCCCCUGUCCAAACCUGGUGGGCGGCUCUCCUCGUGUGAGGACAGCAGCCCUCUCAUCUCUGCCUUGUCGGAUGCCAGCAGUGCCGUCUACUACAGUACCUGCAUCACUGGAUAAACGCACACUCUCUCUCUCUCACACACACACACCCCACACACACAUACACACAUGCACACUCCCUCUUUUUUUCUGUUACUCUUUCAUCCUUCUCACUUUCUUUUCCACAUCAACUGCUAAAACCACUACAGUGCCUUGGUCACUGCUCCACACCUUUGCUACUUACAACGUCCAUCACAACCCCUCCUCUUUUCACUGGCUCAGGUAAAAUCUGCUACUACCCCGCAGGCUGCAUUCUAGCAGGCCAUUGUGUCAAUGUAGUCCCAUUCCUCUGGCUAUAUCUCUAUUUUUUCUCAGUCCUUUUUAACCUCAAAAGUAAAUUCUGUUUUUGUUUCACCGAGGGAGCCCACAGUUGUUAAAACUUCUGUCUAAAACUUCUGGGUAGACUGGAAAGUUACAGUGGAGAGGGCCUUCCAAGUCCCUGGCUAGAUUUUGGUUGCCCUGCUCUAUAAUCUACUUCAGGUUACUGUAGGCCUCAAGUGCCUCUUUAAGUCCUGUAAAUCAGUGUGCGAGUUCUACGGUUGUCCAGUGGCAGAUAAGAGAAAAUGUGAAUAUCUCCAACCAUAUAUUUUUUUUCUCCUCAGAUGUUUUCUAUGUGCCAUAUUGUUUGUUUAUGACUUUUUUCUAAAAUGACUUCAAUGUAUUUAAAUUUGCACUGGGUAGCCCCAAUAGCAAACCUGUCUGAAAUGUAUGUGAAACCACUGUCUAAUACACUUUGAGGAUUAAAAAAAACAACUUUGUUUUAAUGCUCCAUUGAGGAGGCCUUCAGAUCAUCUCAGCUCCCUCAUCUCAUGUGUGUUUACCAAUGAUGAUAUAUGUCUUUUAAGAUGAGGUUAAGUAAAUGUUUGUCUAUGUUUGUCAAGGAAUGUAAAUUAUUUCUUGUUUUGUCAUAAAGUCUCCCAUGGUUUCGAUUUGGACUUGAGCGUCGGUUUUGUUUAUACAUGAAGCAUAUUUCUGAAGUCUCGAAGUCAGCUCUUGAGACAUAUGUCAGGACUGGUAAUAACUCCGCAGCUUUUGGUAAUAAUUAUCUUCAAAUAAAAAGAGUUUGCAAUAAAAAAAAUGUCUCAAGAGCUAUUAAAUCAAAACAAUUAAAUUGAAAACACACAAUUGUAAAUAGGAUUUCAUCUAAAUACUUUCCCACACCACAGAUUGCAUGUGUAGUUUUUUUUCUCUAAAUGUUAUAUCUGUAAAUAUCUAUUCUUUUGUAAUGGAUGGGAGCAUUUGUACAUGAUGUGCUUUUUUGAGUAUUUGAUAAAAUAAAGUAAUUUUUAACUUUAA